UGAUAGCACCCUAAUUUCAUAUGCUGAAGAUGAAAUGGAAUGUUUAGUUGAUUUAAGAGAGAUUUACCCAAAGGAAAAAGGAAACACGCAAUUAACAGACAAAUUGAACGAUCAUAAAAUAUGUCGUUUAUGUAUGCAACUAAUACAGGGUGAUUUUAUGUUGGCACAUGAAGUGGAAGCUGAUAUGCUUAAGAAAUAUAUUCCAGAAAUAAACUUCGAUGUUGUCAAAGAUCCCGUUGUUUGCAAACAGUGUUUUGAUUUCUUGGGCGUCCACAGUGGUUUCAUAAGAAAGUGUUUAGAAGUAGAGGAAAAACUAAUAACACAGAAACCAUCGACAAUAAGUGUGAGGAACAGUCAUUAGAUUCCGGCAUAAAAACUGAAGAGAUUAGCAUAAAGUCUGUAGAAAGUGACGAGGAUGAAGAUUUGGCUGAAAGUGUAGAAGGGAAAUCUGAAGAAGAGAUCGAAACUG